CCACUACUACCUCUGACACCGAUUGACAGGCACACGGACGACAUAGACGGUGGGCAGGAAGGCAAUGACGGGUCAGGCCAGCGGCGGCCCGCUUCUCUACUUUGAGAUCCUCUGGGUCGUCCUGUCGACAUUCAACUAUGGCUUUGGCAUUUCCGAGCUGAACCCGCUUCAGGGCGUCCUCUCCUGCCCGCCCCGCACCACGGACGCGCGCCUUCCAGCCUGCCUGGACCUCACCUCGUCGCAAUUUGGCUAUGUCACGGCGGCCUUUACCCUCGGCGGUUUUUUAGCAAGCCUGGUACUCUCGCCGCUCCGGACCACGCUGCUUCCUUCCCUCUUUGGCCGCGCAAAGCAGGCCCUCGUCCUAGCUGCCGCGCUCGCCGUCAUUGGGGGCGCAACGCAGGCAGCGAGCACCUCCUGGUCCAUCCUCGCCCUCGGCCGCUUCUUCAUGGGUCUCGGGUCAGGUAUGGCCAUUGUCAUUGUGCCAAGCUAUCUAAAUGACAUCUCCCCGCCGGCCCUCAGGGGCUCGAUCGGCGUAUUGAACCAGCUCUCGAUCGUCACAGGCAUUCUCUCUGCCCAGGGGCUAGGUGUCUCUCCGCUCGGAGAGAAUCCCUCGUCGUCAGCUGAGAACAGCAGCAGCAGCAGCAGCGGGCCCUGGCGAGCGGUGCCGCUCAUCUCGGCAUCGGUGGCCCUGCUCCAGAUCCUCCUCGCCCCUCUGGCGCUUGACUCGCCCUCGGAUGUGGAUGAGCAGAGCGCAGUGCGGAUUCGGUCGAGGCUCUGGGCCGUUCAUGUUGCCCGUGGAAGAGCAGCGGCAGGGGAAGGAGAGGGCGAGGAAGAGGAGCAAGCCGCGCUUCUGGCCCAGGAGCCUGACGCAGACACCUCGAGUGUGUCCACUCACGCCGAAGAGCCGUCGCAGCCCGUGACGAUGCUCACCCUGGUUCGUCUCCUCGUUGCGCCCUCGACCGUCUCUGCGGUCCCUGCUUCCAAGAAGGCACCCUUGCGCAAGGGUGUGGCCCUCAUCGCAUUUACCCAGCUCGCCCAGCAGCUGAGCGGUGUCAAUGCGGUCCUCUACUACUCGACGGGCAUUCUCUCCGACGUCUUUCACUCCCCGUCUUCGCCGACGACGGAAGCUGGUUCCGACUCAGCACUGGCCAAGAAGAUUGCGCUGGGAAUCACACUCGUCAAUGCGCUUAUGACCUUCCCGCCCAUCUACCUGAUCCGCGAGUCGCGCCUGGGCCGCAAGAAGCUGCUCCUGCUCUCGUCGGGCCUCAUGUCGCUCAGCAGCCUGCUCCUCUGCCUCGGCAUCACGCGCCACGGCAGCCUGCUGAGCGCCGCCAGCCUCGUCGUCUUUGUCGCUGCCUUUUCCGCCGGACUCGGGCCGAUUCCCUUUCUCAUCCUCCCCGAGCUCGUCGCGAGUCCGACAGCGGCCGAUGCGCCGACGCGCGCCGCUGCAGCCUCGUUUGGCAUCGCUCUCAACUGGCUCGCCAACGUCGCACUCGCCAGCCUCUUUUUACCGCUCCGCCAGCUCGCCACGCGCUUCGACGGCCAGACGGGCGGCUCCGUCUUUCUGCUCUUCACCCUCAUCAAUGCCGCCACGGCGUGGGGCGUCUCGAGCUUCUACGCCUACCACGGCGCUGAGCAGGACGACGACGACAACGACGUCGGCAGGCACAGCCGUCCUGACUGAUCGCCUUCGACGAUAUCGAAGUCACAGGUUUGGCGACGACUCUGUCAAGCAGAGCAACCAGAUUCGGCAUCCUUCGGGCCUGUCCUGUUAUUCUUGUGCUUUGCUUUGGUAUAUAGAAAGGCAAUCUAGGGUUUGCUCGUAUGUGCUAGAACCAUCCUCGUGCAGUAAGACAUAGGUAAAGAGAAAGAAACACACGGGGAAGUCCGCCCAAAAAGAAAGAAAAGACACGCAAAAUAGGGCUUGUUGUUGACGCAUGAAGAAAGACAGAG